AUGAGCUUUGAGAAAGUUGAAGGCCACAUUUUCAAUCUGUCAACAGUCAAAGUUUGCAAACUUAACAAAAUUGACCCAAAAGUCAAAAUUGCAAUUCUUAUUACGUUCCCUUUUGAGUAUACUUGUUUGCUUAUCACGAGAACGACGAAGCCUUCGCCUUUGGCCGACGACGCCUCCGUCUUUGGCCAACGACGCCUCCGCCUCCGGUCUCCGGUCGACGACACAGACGAAGUCUCCUACUCCGGCCUACAGCCGCUUCCGCCUCCUCCUUCUUUGACGUUGUUUACAGGGCUGUUACAAGGUUUAAAAAAAACAAAAACCAACAAAUCACGUUUGUGUCCAAUGACUUGGAUUUUCCCCAAGUGUAAUCAACAAUUGUCCGAUUAGGAGUGUGGUUACUACGUUAUGAACUGGAUGCAUGAGUUUGUACUUUUUCGACAACAUGGAUUUCCGAAAGCAUACAAUGAAUCAGCCACAAAGGGGAAAAAGAGGUUAGAGAAAUUGAAGAGUUUGUUUCAGUUGGAAUGGUGAUCCAUGUGUUCCACAGCAUCCAUGGAGUGGAAUUGGCUGUUUAAUAAGGCUGGAAUAGCUAAUGCAAAGCCAGAAUGGGGAAUGGGGAUGUGAGACAUCAAGUACUGUUGUGUAUUGGUGUAUUAGAUGUGUAUAUAUGGCGUAUUAGAUGAUUGUAUGCGAUGGUUGUAAAAAGUAGAUAGGAUACAUAUAGUACGGUUAAAUAGCCGUACUCUAUUAUGCAUGUAAUCUAAUUCACCCCUCUACUAAUACGCCCUCUAUGUACGUACUAUAUUCAUAAUUUCAACC